CAUCUCGACAGGUUGAACAGUAGCGUACACACUCAAGAUGCAGGGUAGAUUACCUCAGAUGCAACCCACCGUGGUCCUUCUCAGAGAGGGUACCGAUACGUCCCAAGGAACACCUCAAUUGUUGUCCAACAUCUCUGCUUGUCUCGCUGUAUCUCAGACGGUGGCCACCACGCUCGGACCUAGGGGUAUGGACAAGCUCAUCGUAGAUGAGCGAGGACUAGCUACUAUCUCCAACGACGGAGCUACCAUUUUGAAACUACUUGACGUGGUACAUCCCGCUGCGAGGACUUUAGUGGACAUCGCCCGUGCCCAAGACGCAGAAGUAGGAGAUGGAACUACCAGUGUGGUGUUACUCGCAGCGGAAAUACUCAAAGAGGUCAGACCGUAUGUCGAAGAAGGUGUAGGGGUUCAUGUCAUCAUCAAAGGUUUGCGUCAGGCGAGGGAUUUGGCUAUAAAGAAGAUCAAGGAGAUAGCGGUGACUAUUGAUAAGUCUGAUGCUGUAAAAUUCCGCGAACUUCUCCACCUCUGCGCAUCAACAUCCAUGUCCUCUAAACUCAUCCACUCUCAAACUCCCUUCUUCGCCAACAUGGUAGUCGACGCAGUACUCUCGCUCGACCAGACAGAACUGGACGAAUCCCUCAUCGGAGUCAAAAAGGUUCCGGGAGGUGGCAUGCAAGACUCUUUGCUAGUGAAAGGAGUAGCAUUCAAGAAAACCUUUUCCUAUGCCGGAUUCGAACAACAGCCUAAAUCGUUCAAAAACCCCAAAGUGCUGUGUCUCAAUGUCGAACUGGAGCUCAAAGCGGAAAAAGACAAUGCUGAAAUUCGAGUCAAUGAAGUAUCAGAGUAUCAAGCCAUUGUUGAUGCCGAAUGGAGGAUCAUCUACCAAAAACUCGAAGCGAUCGUGGCUACAGGUGCAAAGGUUGUCUUGUCCAAAUUACCCAUUGGGGAUCUGGCCACUCAAUAUUUCGCCGAUAGGGAUAUCUUUUGUGCUGGACGUGUGACGUCGGAUGAUUUGAAGAGAGUCGUUCAAGCUGUUGGGGGAUCCAUCCAAUCUACUUGCUCGGACAUUGAACCUCAUCAUUUGGGUCAAUGCGGGUCGUUUGAGGAGAAACAGAUCGGAGGAGAGAGGUUCAACUUGUUCGAAGAUUGCACACACGCAAAGACGUGUACGCUCAUCUUGCGUGGUGGGGCGGAGCAAUUCAUUGCGGAAGUGGAACGAAGUCUGCAUGAUUCAAUCAUGAUCGUCAAAAGGGCGAUUCAGAAUAAUUCGGUCGUCGCUGGAGGUGGUGCUUGCGAGAUGGAAGUCUCAAAAUACCUCCGCGGUCACUCUCGUACUAUCAUGGGCAAACAACAACUCAUAGUCGGAGCCGUGGCCAAAGCUCUCGAAAUCAUCCCUCGACAGAUAUGUGAUAACGCAGGUUUAGACGCGACGGAUGUGUUGAACAAACUUCGUAUGCGUCACGCUCAAGGCGAUCUGUGGGCAGGUGUAGACGUGGAAUCUGAAGGUGUUCAGGACAAUAUGAAAAGGUUCGUUUGGGAACCAGCAUUGGUCAAGACGAACGCUUUGUCAAGUGCUAUAGAUGCGGCAUGUUUGAUUUUGAGUGUGGAUGAGACUGUCCGGAAUCCUCAGAGCGAGGAACAACAAGCAGGACCUCCUCUACCACGAGGAGCUGCUCAGAGGGCGUUGAGAGGUAGAGGUCGUGGGAUGCCUAGGCGAUAAAGGGUGUGAGAGUUGUUGGAUCAAAAUGAAAUCAAUCUGCAUGCAUUCGACGUAGCGUU